AAACUGUUCACAAGGAUAAAAAAUACAUCAAUGUUCAAAGAUAAAGGGACCGCCACCUGGAGUUUCUUUACAGAAAGGUUAAUCAAAGAUGUACAGAAAAUAGCAAUGGAAAGGGAAAAUGGUGUCAAAUUCAUUCUGUGGCAAGAAGCUUACCAGUCAAAUUUAAAUAUUCCUAGGGACACAAUUGUUCAGGUUUGGCUCGGUGAUCAGAGACUUGUAGAAGAGGUGGCAAGACAGGGAUAUCAUGUUUUAUAUUCAUCGUGCUGGUACAUCAACAUGAUACAAUAUGGCGUCGUCUGGCCAAAAUAUUAUCUCUGUGAUCCCAUUGGCGAAG